AUGAGUACCAGUCAUCGCAACGGAGGACUCAUUGGUAUCCAUGAACUCCAUUCACGACUCCUUCAGUCGCGAAACACCGCUAAACUGAGUCACAAAUCGGACGAAGAGAUAUCUGUGGACGACGUGUUGAGAGCCAUCGAGAAGUUGUCUAAAUUGGGAAGCGGUCUCAAAGUGAUGUCUUGUGGCAAGACGUAUAUCAUUCAGUCGGUGGCCACUGAGCUAAGUCUCGACCAGAACUCAAUCAUACAAAAGGCUCAGUCGACCAAUGGAUGUGUGAGUCUGUCAUCGAUUGUCAAUGACUUGCAGUGGACUGAAGAGAGGACUCUGAAGGCCAUCAACGAUAUGGUGAUGGAAGGGAUCGUUUGGAUCGACAAACAGUCGCCGACCGGACACACACUCUACUGGUUUCCCGGUCUUCGGCAGUCAUUGUCUUACAAAUGA